AUGGGGAGCGGCUUCAUGACGAUCCGCUUCGACGAGCACGACCCGUCGUCGGACAAGCGCCGGCCGGAGAAUGUGCGCGCGUCGCUCGCCGGCCUCGACUACUCGCCCCUGCCGCGCCUGACGGGCCACUCGCUGGCCGUGGCCAUGCUCGUCUCCAUGGGCGGCCUGAUCUUCGGCUACGACACGGGCCAAAUCUCGGGGUUCCUGGAAAUGGACGACUUCAAGCAGAGGUUCGGCGAGACCAACGCCCAGGGCGAAAAGUUCUUUGGCAACGUCCGCUCCGGCCUCAUCGUCGCGCUGCUGUCCAUCGGCACCCUCAUCGGCGCGCUCGUCGGCGCCCCCAUGGCCGACCGCUUCGGCCGGCGCGCGUCCAUCUCGCUGUGGGCGCUCGUCGUCAGCGUCGGCUUCGUCGUGCAAAUCGCCGCCGACCGCGCCUGGUACCAGGUCAUGAUCGGGCGCUUCAUCGCGGGGCUCGGCGUCGGCGGGCUCAGCCUGCUCGUGCCCAUGUACCAGGCCGAGACGGCGCCGCCGUGGAUCCGCGGCGCCAUGGUGUGCGCCUACCAGCUCUUCAUCACCUUGGGCAUCUUCCUGGCCGCCUGCUUCAACCUGGGCACCGUCACCCACCACGGCGACAGCUCGGCCAGCUGGCGCAUCGUCAUCGGGCUCGGCUGGCUGUGGACGCUGGCCCUCGGGCUCGGCAUCCUGGCCUUUCCCGAGACGCCGCGCUUCGACUAUCGCCGCGGCCGCACCCAGCGCGCCGCCGAGACGCUGUGCAAGGUCUACGGCGCCGCGUCGACCAACCACUGGGCCGUCCACACGCAGCUCGAGGAGAUUGAGAGCAAGCUGCGCGCCGAGGACAAGGUCGUGGCCGGCCCCGUCGCCGAGUUCGUCGGCAUGCUGCGCGCCCCGAGGAUGGCCUACCGGCUGGCCCUCGGCAUCCUCCUCCAGAUGGCGCAGCAGCUGACGGGCGCCAACUACUUCUUCUACUACGGCACCACCAUCUUCCGCUCGGUGCAGAUCGAUAGCUUCAUCACGCAAAUCAUCCUCAACACCAUCAACUUCCUCACCACCUUCAUCGGCCUGUACCUCGUCGAGCACUACGGCCGCCGCAAGUCCCUCAUCGCCGGCUCGCUGUGGAUGUUUGUCUGCCUGCUCAUCUUCGCCUCGGUCGGCCACUACCAGCUCGACCUCGAGCACCCGGAGCGCACGCAGACGCCGGGCAUCGUCCUCAUCGUCUUCGCCUGCCUCUUCAUCCUCGGCUACGCCGCCACCUGGGGCCCCAUGGUGUGGACCAUCCAGGCCGAGCUCUUCCCUUCGCGCUAUCGCGCCAAAGGCAUGGCCCUGGGCACCGCCAGCAACUGGACGUGGAACUUUUGCAUCGGCUUCUUCACCCCCUUUAUCUUCUCCGCCAUCGACUUCAGCUACGGCUACGUCUUUGCCGGCUGCAACUUCGCCGCCGCCGUGCUCGUCUACUUUUGCGUCCUCGAGAGCCGCAACCGCACCCUCGAGGAGAUUGACACCAUGUACCUCGAGCACGUCGUCCCCUGGAAGAGCGCAAAGUGGGAGCCGCCCUCGGCCGAGGAGAUGUCCCGCAUCCGCAAGCGCGCCGGCAUGGACCUCGAGGCCGAGGCCGCGGCGGCGGAUGCGGCGAGGGGCGUGGCCGAGGAGCCGAAACCGGGUCCGGCGGACAGCAGCGACGAGACGCCCAGGCACGUGGCGGCCGAGGGCCAGCAGGCGGGGAGUGGGCGGGCGGGGGAGAAGAAUGCGAGUCCUGCCGAGGAGCUGACGCACCGGGAGCAUGCGUAA